AUGGACUUUCUGACGGCACUUUUUGCAGAUGGACUGCUGGGUAAGAACUUUCAUCAGGUUGUGCUUGAGUGCGUUCCUGACAAUGACAAAGGCAACGCCAUAACAUUUGAGAAAGCUUUUGCCAACGCAUAUGUUUAUUUCACCCAUUUUGCCAUUUUUGGGCACAAGAAUAUCCUUGAUACUUGUAUAGGUCUUGCAUCAAUCAUUUGUAAUAUGGCAAUUCAAUGUUGGAAGAACCAGAAGGCUGUCAAUCUCACACUUCCCGUAGCUAUGCCUGACGGUCCUCUGGAGGAGUCUGUCAUGUCUUAUAUCCUUGUCCAGAUCAAGGGUAGAAGCAUGCUGGGACCUCUGCUGUUUGAAAUUAACGUUGAAGAGCUACGAACGUUUCCUCCAACUAACAAUCAUCCGUUCAUCGCUAUCACUAUGCAUCUCAGUGUCAAACCCAAUGCUGACAAGGGUCUCACUCAGAGCACUAAUUCCAUGGCCGUGAGGUCCAAGGUUACCAAUGAAGACAGCAUUGUUAGCUGUCUUCUCCUUUACACCGGCAUAAGAACCGUGAAGCACAAUGUAAACCCACAUUACAGUAUUCAUGUGCAUGGAUGUUCAGAGCACGUUUAUGGCGUAAUUCAGCCUGGUGAGAAGGAUGCCUAUGCCAGCAUCUUUGCCAAGUGA